GUUUGUGACUAUUCAUGUACAACAUGAUGAUGAUAACGUAGAGCUAUAUAAACGUACGUUACAAGUGACGUAAAGAACAAAGGCUGACUUAGCUUUAGGAAACACAGACCCCCAGAAGAAUCUACUCAGUUGUGGUACCAGAUACCUUAAAAAAUGAGAAGUAUUACACCCUGUCUUGUAAUCGGCGUUUUAAUUGGGUUGGGGAUAUCCUCUACUCACGGCUACAGCAGAGGAGCCCCAAGCAUUUCUUGCUACGACCUGACUCCCCAGCAUGGUUCUCCUCCCCAAAGUUCGAACCCGCCAUUUUCCUUGACAGUAGAAAAAAAUGGCGACAACACUGUUACUGUAACGCUUGGAGGAGGUGGUACAAAAUUCAAAGGGCUGAUAAUCCAGGCGAGGUUAAGCAAAGACACGAGUGAAAUCCUGAAAGGAAAAUUCUCAACGACGAGUGGAGUAAAAACGAUGAAUUGUGGAGGAGGUUCAAAGAAUACACUAACCCAUUCAAGUAACACUAGAAAAACCACAGUAACCACAGUUUGGACACCACCUUCCGAUUUUAACGGUGACGUCAUUUUUCGGUGAGUUAAAUUUAUAUUAAGUUAUC